AUGAGUGGACCAGCCUUUGUCGUUAUGCCCGUCCAAACCGGCGGUGCUCAGCAAUCCGAACAAGCCCCCAUGGAGUUGGCUUCCGCAAUUCAACAAACGAUAAACAAAAGCAGAAAUCCAGAUGACCACAACCUGCAAGAAGAGAGAGGGCCAUUGAAGGAGCUCAUAGGUAAGAUUCAGAUACGAAACAACAUCAAGAAGGCAAUAGAGUAUCGUGCUGAUAACUUCGAUCCAACAGCUUACAAAGACAGUCUCUACAAGUACAUUAAUUGGGAGGAUCCAAUUCGCACCUUCGGAUCAUACCUCAGUGCUCUGAGCGUCCUAUUCGGAGCACACUACCUACCUCUUACACAAUUAGUUGUGAAGACCGGAGCGGUCAUUCUUGGAAUAAUAUCUCUCACUGAAUUUGUUAGCCGGCAAUUCGGCCCCAACACCUUUCUCUUCCGCCUUCGACCCAAGAAGUAUAAGAAAGUCCCAGAGCCCACCCUUGAUGCCACGCUGAGAGACAUUCAUGACUUUAUCCAGUACGCCGUAGUCCAAUCACAGAAGAUUAUCUAUGGCGAAGACCUGGGUAAAACCUUUGCCGCUUUCCUCAGCUUCACCAGCGUGUUCUGGCUAAUGAAAGUUGCAUCUCCGUUCCUGCUAGCCGUGCUGAGCCUGACCUCGCUCUACAUCGCUCCUCUCAUCAAUUCGCCCCAGGGACGUGCUGUAGCCCAGGAUGCAACAGCGCGUGGUAAAGAGCUGGCCAACGAGGCCGCUGAAAAGGGUAAAACAUUGGCUGAAGAUAGCAAAUUCAGGGCAGCGGAGUUGUCUUCCAAGGCGCGUGAGACCUCCGGAGGCGUGCAGCAGCACGUUGGAAACCUGACUCAAAGCGGAAAGCAAACAGCCGACGAUCUGUCUGACCAAGCCACUGCUGAGAACGCUGAAAAGCUGAGCGAUAUGGGGGUCGACGCCAUCAGCAAGGCCCCAGGCAUCGCAAAGCCUAGCUCCGAUGAUGCGGAGCAGGACACCUGCAGGUCCCCAUCAAGCACCUUUGACGGGGGCUCUGAUGACUAUAGAUACGACACAAGUGGAGCCGCAAACAAUGCCUCGCAAUUUUCGGAUGGCAUCUACGGCACCCCGAGGCGGAUGGCGCCUCACAACAACACCGUCAACAGAAUCCUCUACCCAAAUACUACUACCUUGGAAAAUCGGGAAGAUGCGGCAUCUUCCAUGUCAGGCCAGACUGCCGGUGGGUAG